AUCGCGAUAGGACGCCUCGGCGACAUCGCAGACUCUCCCCUGCUUUUAAAAGCCUUGACCCUCUCCCCAUCUGCUCUGGCAUGUACUUUGUUUUCUCUAGUGAUAUUUCAGUCCGACAUUUCCUCCUUCUCAUCGUCUUGCUUGACGCAUCGCGACUUCUACCCCCUUGCCUCCCUUCCAACUUGAUCCCAAUUACACCUGACCAAACCCGACGAUCGACGUUGCUGCCGCUCUCACGACUCUUGGCGCUCCCUCUUAUCUUAUCUCCUAUCCGCCGUCUACCGCCAUCUACUCACUGUCAACCACCUCCACCACCAUUUCGAGUCAGUCUGGUGCCACAUCGAGUCAUCCCCUUCGCCCCUCCAUCCCACCUGCCACUUCGCCGCUACUUCUCUUGUCCGGUCACACGCUCUUGUGAGCAUUUGCGGUGCGCUUCCCUAGCUGCCAACCCACAAGAGCACUUUUUUUUCCCGAACCGAUUCAACACUGCGUGUGCGUUCGGCCCUCGUCGCGUUUUGGUCUUCGCCGCGAACCAUCUCCUUCGACGCAACGCAUCUUGCAGUCCCUUCCUUCACCGACACUGUACAAUAACCGCCGCUGGUCACCAUGGCGCAGAAGCGUUUGAUGAGCGAGUUUCAGGCGCUGCAGAAGGAGAAGUGGGUGCACAUUGAUGUCGACGAAAGGAAUGUCAUGUCCUGGAAGAUCGGUCUCAUGGUCGUCAACCCGGACAGCGCGUUCAACGGUGCCUAUCUCAAGGCCGACAUGACAUUCCCUCGCGAUUACCCCUAUGCCCCGCCAACCUUCCGAUUCCUGAACAAGACCAUCUACCAUCCCAACAUCUACACCGACGGCAAGCUCUGCAUCUCUAUCCUACACACACCCGGCGAAGACGAGCAGUCAGGCGAGCAGGCUUGCGAGCGUUGGUCUCCUCUCCAGGGCGUCGAGUCGGUCUUGCGUUCAGUGCUGUUACUUCUGGAUGACCCCGAGAUCAACUCCCCCGCCAACGUCGACGCGAGCGUCUUGUACCGCGACUCACGCGAAGAAUACAACAAGAGAGCCCGGGAGACCGCUGAGAAGUCUAAGAAGGACAUGCCUCCUGGCGUGACGAUCCCGACUACGGCGGAUCUGGAGCCGGUGCCCCAAAAGACCAUGGACGACGACGCUUUUUGGAAUGAGACGGACGACGAGGGCGACUUCGAUCUGGGUGGCAGCGACAGCGAUUUCGACAUGGACGAGUACAACGAGGACGAGGACGACGAAGAUGCGGAUGAUGACAAGCCUUGAACACGAGCUUGCGCAUGGACUCCACAUCGAACAUUAGAUCCGACAGGGCGGAUAUCACACAUUUACGGCAGGGGACGCGGAGUUUGCGGCGGGCUGAUUAUCAUUAUUAUUUUUUUGCUUUCUCUGUUUUUGCUUGCUCUUACUGCACGCAUGAUGAUGCAUAGCGACGGCCCCGGGCGUUUUCACCGGCUGUCAGCCAGGCCCUGUUUAAGGCCAGAACGGAGUCUCAUUUUGUGAUUUUGGGCAUCGUUGGAUCUCCGGUUAGGCUUUGACGCAGAGAAACGGGAUGAUCAUGUUUUGGCUCUGCAAAAGGAAAAAAAGACAGCGCGGGAACCAGAGUGCGGAAACCAACAAGCCGCGACAUCGCACGAGGGGCCGCAAAUAGACCAAUCAAAAGACUUGGAACCGCUAUUCUCUGCAAAUGCAAAUCCAACAUUUGAGGCAAAUGUUUCAAUUUGGUAAUGUUUUUGGCCUGCUUCGUUGAAAAUUGCGUGGCAAAGAUUGCCUGCAGUUGCCAAC